AUGCCUCGCGCGGGUGUUUAUGGCCUUUCCGCGCUGGCAACACCGAUGACAGGAAGGACGGACGGGUGCCAUAUUGGACUUGACUUCAAGACCACCGAACGUAACCAUAAUUAUAGUUUUGUAUUUUGUAUUUACCUUAAAUAUACAGUCCUCUACAUUAAUAACUGGUUUCACAUCUCAACAAAUGGUCCUUCACAAACAAAAGAACAAAACGCAGAUCAAGAAACAAGAAUCAAUUUCAAGAUUGGGUAGACACGUUGCGAUAUAGAAAUACUUAGCGAGGCCCCCGAGGAAGCGUACGACGAACGAGAGCAGUUCGAGUCGCGGUACUACGCGCUGCUCGCUCAAGCCCGUCAACUUCUCUCCGUGGCUAGCCCUCAGGAGAAGUCUGCACAAAGCUCCAGCAACAAGGAAUCAGGUAGGAAUUUUGUGCGCUUACCCAAAAUCGACCUUCCACACUUUGACGGGAGCUAUCAUUGCUGGUUAGAGUUCAAAAACACAUACAUUUCUCUUAUACACAAUGAUAUAAGUAUAAAUGACAUAGAUAAAUUCCACUACUUGCGUUCUGCAGUCAAAGGCACAGCAUCAGAAAUUCUUAAAAAUAUUGAUUUUACCAUGGAAAACUAUAAAAUUGCCUGGGAGUUACUUUGUGAAAGGUUUGACAAUAACCGACUAUUAAUUAAUGACCACAUACAGGCAUUGUAUCAAGCAGAAUGUAUUCAAAAGGAGUCCAGUAGCUGUUUAAGACAUUUAAUUGAUCUCACAAACAAAAAUAUAAGAGCAUUAACUUCACUAAAGGCUACUAAUAAUUGGGACCUUUUUAUAAUUUAUAUGAUGUCUACUAAGUUAGAUAUUACCACUAGUAAAUUGUGGGAAGAACAUCAAAAUACUUUAUCACAUAUGCCUACAUUGUCUGAAUUUUGCUCAUUUCUUAACGGCAGGGCAACAGUUUUGGAAACAAUAGGAAAUAAGCAUGUUAAGGCCAAGUCAGAACCUACUAAACAAAAAAGUUUUAUUAUUGCUUCAAAUAAUAAUGACAAUUCACAUCAUCAAAAGCAUGUACCUAAAUGUCCUUUGUGUAAGCAUGAUCAUUUUUUAUUCAGCUGUGAAACAUUCAGAAAGCUUACUAUUGAGUGUCGCAUUGAAAAAGCUAAAGAGCACAAGGUGUGCUUAAAUUGCUUAAAGCCUGGGCACAUGAGCAAGCAAUGCAGCUUAUCUCAUUGCAAAUAUUGCAAAUUUAAACAUAAUACCUUAUUGCAUUUGAAUAAGCCAAACGCACUCGCUGCAACUGACCCUAUGCCUACUACUGCUAACAAUGUUGCUUUGUCCACCAAUGCUAUGCAUGUUUCUGCUCCCCACAUUUUACUUUCCACAGCCAUGGUGAGGGUGGCAGACAGCAAGGGCGACAAGCAUGACGCACGGUUGCUGCUCGACAAUGGCAGCACUGCUAAUUUCAUCACAGACGGCUUGUGCACCAAGCUGGGUUUGUCAAGAAGCAGUUCUGACUGCACAGUGACAGGUAUUAACAAUCAAAUCUCUAAUAGUACACAAUCUUGCAAUCUCAUACUUGAAUCUCGUUAUGGUGACUAUAGAGUUGAUUUACAUUGCCUUAUUCUACCUGAAAUCACAAAAACCUUACCGUCUACAUUUAUUAACAUUAAGCAAAUAGCCCUUCCUUCGGGUAUUCAACUUGCUGAUCAAUUAUUUUAUAAACCAGCAGCUAUUGACAUAUUAGUGGGCGCUGAAAUAUUCUGGAAUGUAUUAGGUUCCUCUUCAAUUGAUUUAGGCAAAAAUCAACCCAAGCUUUAUGAGACUAAAUUGGGUUGGAUAGUGUCUGGUUAUGUUGCUAGGCCUAUUUCUUCAACCACUUUUAAAUGCAAUUUUUCUUAUACUGAACUGAGUCAUGAUCUUACUAAGUUCUGGGAAAUUGAUAGUGUGUCAACAAAGCACUCUCUUUCCACAGAAGAACGCUUGUGUGAACAAAGUUUUAACUCUAACACUUAUCGUGAUGAUGAUGGUUGUUUUGUAGUAACAAUGCCUCUUAAAAAUGAUCCUAAAGUUUUAGGUGACUCAUAUGAAAUGGCCAAAUACAGAUUUUUGUCAUUAGAGCGUCGCUUUCAACGUGAUCCUGUUUUUAAAAAUAUGUACAUGGAAUUCAUGCAGGAAUAUGAGCGCUUAGGACAUAUGACAGAAAACCAUAAGUCAAAUCCAUCAGAAAAAGUAGGAAUCAAUUAUUAUUUACCACAUCAUGGUGUAUUACGUGAAUCAAGCACAACAACCAAACUUAGGACUGUCUUUGAUGCUUCAGCAGUCACAACCACUGGCGUUUCACUAAAUGACAUACAAAUGGUUGGUCCGGUGAUUCAGAAUGAUUUGCAUUCUAUUCUUACUAGAUUCAGACAGCACAAAUUCGUUAUUGCAGCAGAUAUAGAGAAAAUGUAUCGAGCUAUUAAUAUCAUCCCUAGCCAACAAUCACUUCAACAAAUUAUUUUUCGAUAUGACAAGUCACAACCUUUAAAAACUUACACCCUUAAUACAGUGACAUAUGGAACCGCCUCGGCACCUUAUUUAGCUACAAAAUGUCUUGUGAGUCUAGCAUCUGCAGUUUGUGAUGAUCAAUUUUCAAGUCAAGUUAAGCGGUCAAUUGAAUGUGAUUUUUAUGUUGAUGAUUUGCUCAGUGGAGGCAGCACUCUUACUGAAACAAUUGAAUUAAGCAAGAGAAUUAUCAAUGUUUUGGCCUCUGCCAAAUUUAAGUUGCAUAAAUGGAAAUCAAAUAGUCAUGAAAUACUUAAAGAAAUUGCUAAUUUAAAAAUAACCACUCAAGUUCAGCCUGAAUCCAUUGUCGACCUGUCAAACAACAGUAACAUGAGUAAUAAGACUUUAGGUUUAAACUGGCUCGCUCACCAAGACAUGUUGUCAUAUUCCAUAGGGAUAGAAAACCAUGAAAAGAUAACUAAAAGGCACAUUUUGUCCAUCAUUAGUCAAAUAUUUGAUCCUUUAGGGUUAGUAGGGCCUUGCAUUGUCCAAUCCAAAAUGGUCAUGCAAAAGCUAUGGGUUGAUGGAAAUAAAUGUGACUGGGAUGAUGAAGUGUUAGAUGAAGUUAAAAAUCUUUGGUUGUCUUUUGUUGACACCUUACCUUACCUCAACCAAUUGAGAAUACCACGUUGGGUUCUCAUUGAUGAUUAUAUAUCUGUUGAAUUACACACAUUUACUGAUGCCUCAGAGCGUGCAUAUGGAGCAUGCGUAUAUGUUAGGUCUCUCAAGCAAGACCAGACUGUGAAAACACAACUUCUUAUUUCAAAAAACAAAGUAGCACCCCUCAAGCCUACAACAAUCCCUCGGCUUGAACUUUGUGGAGCCUUGCUCGGUGCAAGACUAUGCAAAAAAGUCACUCAAUCACUCACACUACCCAUAACCAAAUGCAGAUUUUGGAGUGAUUCAACCAUUGUGUUAGGUUGGUUAUCAAUGCCCACUAAUAAGCUUAAACCAUUUGUGCGUAAUCGAUGUCAUGAGAUUCAAGAAAGUACCAUUGGAAAUUUGUGGAGUUAUGUGCCGUCUAAAGACAACCCAGCUGAUUUAGUUUCUCGUGGGUUGUCUGCCAACCUCAUCAAAGAUUGUGAACUGUGGUGGUCGGGUCCAUCUUUCCUAGCAAAUGAUGAAUCAGGAUGGCCUAGCAUGCCAAGCAAAUGCAAAGAUAGUAAAUUGCCAGAUAUUGUGUCUCAUUUUUCCAGCACCACUGCAGAAAAUUCAGAAUGGCACUCCCUCUUAUUAAAACAUUCCAAUUUUAUAAAAUUACAAAAAAUAGUGGCCUACAUUUUUAGGUUCAUUAGAAAUUGUCGAAACAAAACAGACAAACUAUCUGGCCCCAUCACAGUAACAGAGCUUCAUAAGUCUUUAACCUUUAUUUUACAUAAUGCACAACUUGAAAUGUUCCCUGAAGAAUAUCAUAUUCUGUAUUCAAAAAAGCCAUUGCCGGCCAAAAAUCGCCUUUUAUCAUUAUCACCAUUUUUAGACCCUGAGGGUUUAAUAAGAGUGGGGGAGGCUUGAUAACUCCCCAUACAGUUAUGACACUAAGCAUCCUAUUUUAUUAUGUAGCAAGCAUCAUAUUACAAAAAUAAUAUUUUAUUUCAAACACAAAGAAUUAUGUCAUGCAGGACCCCAAUUAUUAUUAGCCCAUAUACGCCAAGCAUACUGGCCUCUCGGGGGGAAA